UGGGGGAUAUACUAUGGGGAGGGGGCUCCCUGCACCGAGCAGUUUUCCCAGGAGGUUGACAUGCGGAGGCCUUCUGGGGGCCCCUGGUCUCCAGUGCCUGCCCAUCAGGCCAGACCCUGAGGACUGGCAGAGGUCCCAGGGUGAGCGGGGGUCUCUGACCACCAGGAGCAGCCUUCACCUCCUGGCGGGGGUUUCCUUGUCUCCCCACCUGCUUGCCUGGGGCACUUGGUCACUCACAGGUAGGCGGUGCUGGUGUUGGCCUAAUCCCUGCCUACCCCCAGGGGAUCUGGGGCCUGUGAAGUGUGUCCUGGCUGGGCCGGGGUGUGGGCACUGCAGGGACAGGGCCUGGGCCCCUUCCCUGAGGAAGGAGGGGCGGGUGUGGCCUUGUGCGCAGCGUCUGUGACUGAGUGAACUUCCGGGAGACGUGUGCUCGGACUGUGUGUCCCUGAAGCCUCCAUACCUGGUACUGGCGCCCCACCCUGCCAGUUGCUUCCGCAGACCCUAGGAGGCCUUCCCCCUCCUCCUUGCUCACCCCCAGCUGACCAUGGGGGCCACCAACCCUCGGGGUAUCCAGGGCCAGCCACUUCUCCCCACUCCUCGCUCUCACUGGGGCCUGAAUGCCUUGUGGUGGUCACCUCUGCCCCACCUCCACCCCAUACUGCAGCCACACACUGGGUCUUUAAAAUAUAAGUCAGAUCUGGGCUGUGCAUCAACUCAGAACCUGCCAGGGCCGCUUCACAGGCCAUGACCUGUGCUGUCCUGCAGGGCCCUGCGGCUGGAGGGCCCCGUGCCUGGUUGAACGCUCUGCUGUUUUGAAAUGCUUCAUGACUUUUGAAGAAGAGGCACCACAUUUAAGGUUGCACUGGGCCCUCAUGUCUGAUGCCGGCCCUGGAGCCCUCCAGGGAAACCCCUGUCCCACCAGGACAAGCCACAGGACUCCUGGAAUGCAGCACUAGGCGUCCUGUGGUUCGUUCAGCCCCCUCCCCGUCUUGGCCUGUCUCUGUCAUGAGCUGGUUACCUUCCCUGUGGUCAGUCCCAUGAGGGAAGGGCCUCUGCGUGUUGUGGUCAUGGUUGUGUCCCCAGACCCCUUCCCUGGGCCCUGCCUGCCCAGCACUCGGUGCCGGGGUUCAGGCUGGGAGAAGCAGAGCCUCAGGGCUCAGUGUUGCUUUCCUGGGUGUUGUGCUGCCCCGGGCCGGCCACGCCAGGAGGUGCUCCUGGUGGGAUCAUGUGGACACACGCAGGUCCACACGCAGAGAGUGUGGCCAGUGUCCCCCAAGCUGAUGUCAUCAUUUCAGCCCCCAGCACCUGGGAGAGAGAGAGAAGAUAUGAGGUGUGGUGGGACUGGAAGAGAAGGAAUUUUAGGCCACGUUGGCCACACGGUCCCCAGGUGUUGUCGUGGGGAUGCCAGGUUACACAGGACAGAUGCCUGGUAAUGGAUUUGGGGGCUGUGCUCAGGAAAGGCUGGGGCCUGCUGUGGCUGGAGCCAGUGUUUCUGAAUGUGGCCUAGGAGCCUCGGAAGGUCCAGGUCUGUGCUGGCCUCUGGUGUGCCCGCCUGGGGCCCUGUCACUGGCCCCACUUUGACACCACGCCCUCUCCCCUCCAGGGCCAGACGGGCCUCGGGCCUCGUGCUGGCAAGAUGAGCGUCACCUCCUGGUUCCUGGUGAGCAGCAGCGGCACCCGCCACCGCCUGCCACGUGAACUCAUCUUCGUGGGACGCGACGAGUGUGAGCUCGUGCUGCAGUCCCGCAGCGUGGACAAGCAGCAUGCCGUCAUUAAUUACGACCAGGAGAGGGACGAACACUGGGUGAAGGACCUGGGCAGCCUCAAUGGGACCUUCGUGAACGACGUGCGUAUCCCAGACCAGAAGUAUGUCACGCUGAAGCUCAAUGAUGUCAUCCGCUUCGGCUACGAUGCCAACAUGUACGUGCUGGAGCAUGUGCAGCACCGCCUCCCUGAGGAGGCCCUCAAGCACGAGAAGUAUACCAGUCAGCUGCAGGUGGGCGUCAAAGGCUCAACACCCAAGAGGGGCGAGCCAUUGCCAGACCACACGCCGUACUGUGAGUCCUCAAACCCCAGGCCAGAGAAGGGGGACCGGAGGCCAGGGACAGAGGCGGCGACCUACCGCACGCCCCUGUAUGGGCAGCCAUCCUGGUGGGGGGAGGAUGAUGGUGGCAGCCCACCCGAUGACCGGCAUCAGGAGGAGCCUGACCCAGAGCGUUCCAGGGGCCCAGCCCAGCAGGACAGGGAGCUCAGUGGCACGCCAGCUGGUUUCCGGGCCGCCGUGGAGACGCAGGGCUAUUCGUUCCGCCGUGAGCCCAGCUACUUUGAGAUCCCCACAAAGGAGUCACCACCGCCUCCGCCACCGGCAGUGCGUUCCCCCGAGGUGCUGCCACGUGAGGCCCCCACCCAGGACCAGGAGCCAGGCGGUGGCGGGGCAGCGCCCGUGGUGCACAGCCAUGCCUCCUUCACCAUCGAGUUUGACGACUGCAGCCCCGGCAAGGUGAAGAUCAAGGACCAUGUCACCAAGUUCGCCCUGCGCCAGCGGUGGCCCCCAGGCAAGGAGGCCGCACCUGCAGAGAUGGUAUCAGCUGAGACCAAGGUGGCUGACUGGCUGGUGCAGAAUGACCCCAGCCUGCUACGCCGGGCUGGCCUGGGGGACGACCGCCACAGCACCAAGAGUGAUCUGCCCAUCCACACCCGCAUGCUGAGAGGCCACAAGCACGAAGAUGGCACGCAGAGUGACUCGGAGGACCCGCUGGCUCCAGCGGUGUCCACGGCGACUGGGGUGUCUGUGGAGGCCAGCGGGGAGCAAGCCCGGCUGCAGCGGCAGAUCAAGCGUGACCCCCAGGAGCUGUUGCACAACCAGCAGGCCUUUGUCAUCGAGUUCUUUGACGAGGACACACCCCGCAAGAAGCGCUCCCAGUCCUUCACUCACACACCGCCCGCGGAGCCCAAGGCUGACAAGCGCACCCGCGCCCCUGGCCUGGCCGACAGGGACCGCCCGGGCGUGUCCCCAGCCCCUGUGCGGGCAGCAGGCGUCAGUGCGGGUCCCCAGCGUGCUGGCUCACUCAAGCGGGAGAAGACCGAGGAUCGGCUGAGCGGCUCUGCACCCAUUGCCCGUGCUCCCACCCGCCCCUUCGGCAGCAUGGGCCGCCGCUCCCGGCUAGCACAGGACUUCAUGGCCCAGUGCCUGCGUGAGGGAUCCCCAGCCGCCCGGCCUGGCCCCGACAAGGCGCCCCAGGCCCCGCCCACCCCCUUGCCACCCCGGGGGGCCAGCCCUGUGGCCCCCCUGCCGUCGCCCCCCGCCGAUCCCCAGCUGACCAAGGCACGCAGACAGGAGGAGGAUGACAGCCUCAGUGAUGCGGGUACCUACACCAUUGAGACGGAGGCACAGGACCAGGAGGUGGAGGAGGCCCGCAGGAUGAUCGACCAGGUCUUUGGAGUAUUCGAGUCCCCGGAGCUUUCCCGCGUGUCCUCAGCCACUUUCCGCCCAGUCAUCAGAGAUGACAGAGAGGAGGUGGCCGAUGCGAGUGUGGCCCAGCGGCUCGCCCUGCCACAGGAGUUUGCAUCUCGGCCAGCAGCAGCCCCACAGGCAGAGCACCAGGGGCCUGGCUCACCUGGGGCUCAGAAGUGGGUGUCCCGCUGGGCCAGCCUGGCUGACAGCUACUCAGACCCGGGCCUGACAGAGGACGGCGCUGGCCGCCGGGCCAUGGAGCCUGAGGUGGCCCUGCCCUCACGCACACGGCGCCUCCUCCCACAGCUGCCCAGUGAGCGGGCAGAUAGCCCCGCAGGCCCUGAGGCCACCAGGAAGGCUGGGCCCGGGUUGCCAGAGCCGGGCAGCGAGCAGGCCAGCCCACUCUUUGGCCAGGAGGACCUGGACCCCGACAGCCUCAGCGACGCCAGUGGGUCGGAUGGUGGGCGGGGCCCUGAGCUAGGCAGGGGGCAGCCACCAGAGAGACGCAGGAGCCCUGAGGAGGUGCUGGCGUGGACGAGGGGCCAGCGCUCACCCCGGACCCUGGGGGAAACAGCUCCCACCUCAUUCUUCAUCAGCGACCAGAAUGGGGAGGCCGGCACCACUAGGAAACCGUUUACAGCUCCAGGGGAGGCAGAAGGUCCAGGGCAGGUACCUCCACCGCGGGUGACUCUGCCCAGCAUGCAGACACAAAAUGGCCCCUGCGUCAGCACCAGUGGGCGGAUGGUCAUCCAGCUUCACACCGGGCGCUCACUGGAGCCCGGGGGCCACGGCCCAGCCCCGUCCAAAGAGGCCCUGGCCUUUGUCCGGCAGGAGAGCUUCACCAAGGAGCCAGCCAGCGGCCCCCCAGCCCCUGGCAAACUCCCAUACAUCUCCAGCCACCCCUUGCUCCAGGAUCUGGCCAUGGCCCGGGCUGCCCGCUCCGAACUCCACUCCCAGGACACCCACCUGAUCCUGAAGGAGACCGAGACAGCCCUGGCGGCUCUGGAGGCCCAGCUGUUGUCCAAGUCCACAGAGGUACAGGGCGAGGGGGGCAGCCCCCUUGGGCCACCAGAAGACUCCCUCUCCGGGGACUCAGAUGUGGACACAGCCAGCAUGGCCAGCCUGCUCAGUGGCAAGAAUGAACCCAGCCCAACCACCCCACCUGCAGGGUUGCAGAAGGACAAGCCACUGGCCACACAGGACCCAGGGGUCUCUGCCUUGAGCAGCGCCCGGGAACGGCUCUCAGAGAAGCAGCGCCACCCAGCAGACCCCGGUCGUGGAGAGCUGGCCCGGCGCCUGUCCACCAGAUGUGGGCACGGGCCCCGUGGGUCCCUGGACUGGCCAGAUGAGGAGCGUGGCUCCAGCCCCACCCAACUGCCCAUCUUGGAUGCUGUUGCCUCAGACCACGAGACGCCUGUGAGCGCUGGGGCAGGACGGCCAGGCCCUCGGCGGAAGCCGGUCGCCCUACCGCCGUGCCCAGCCACCCGAGAGGAGCAGGGCCGAGGCUCCAGCAGUUCCCAGAAGGUGCAGCAGGCACUGACCCGCUCCAAUAGCCUGUCCACCCCACGGCCCACUCGGGCCUCGAGGCUGAGGCGAGCUCGGCUGGGUGAUGCCUCGGACACUGAGGCUGCAGAUGGUGAGCGGGGCACCACAGGCAACCAUGAGUCGGCGGGCCGUCCGGCCACGGAGCAGGCCAAGAAGUUGUCGAGGCUGGAUAUCCUGGCCAUGCCCCGGAAGCGGGCAGGCUCCUUCACAGGCACCAGCGAGGCUGAGGCCACCACCGCCCGCUCUGGUUUCUCUGGCCGAAGCGUCGAGUUGUACUGUGCUGGCCGCAAGCCCACUGUGGCUGAGGCCCGGGCUGCAGCAAAGAAGUCUGCUGCCAUCUCCACAGCCCCUCGGCAGCCCUUCAGCAGGGCCCGGCCGGGCAGUGCCCGGUACCCUUCCUCCAAUGCACGCCGCCGGCAGCCCGGCUCGGAUUACACGUCCACCUCCGAGGAGGAGUGCGGCUCCCCCAAACACGCCCGCUCCCAUGCCUCAACAGCCACGCAGACCCCGAGGGCCAGCAGCUCCAGCCACGCCCGGCCCCGGGCCCCUGGUCCACGGGAUACGGAUGAGGAGGAGGUGGCUGACCCCUACGGUUUCAUCGUGCAGACAGCCGAGAUCGCCGAGAUUGCCAGGCUGAGCCAGACGCUAGUGAAGGAUGUGGCCAUCCUGGCCCAGGAGAUCCAUGAUGUGGCUGGGGACGGUGCCCCACUGGGUUCCCCGGGGCCCAGCCGAAGCCCUUCCCUCAGCAACGUGCCCAGCACCCCUGCCUCCACCAUCUCCACCCGUGAGGAGCUGGUGCAGCACAUCCCCGAGGCCAGCCUCAAUUUUCAGAAGGUGCCCCCUGGUGCCCUGAACUCACAAGACUUUGACCAGAACAUGAACGACAGCCGUGAGGAACCCCUGGCCUCCAAGACAAAGCCUCGGAACCGUGAGGAGGUGAUCUUUGACAACCUGAUGCUGAACCCCGUGUCCCAACUGUCGCAUGCUAUCCGUGAGAACACGGAGAGCCUCACCCAGAAGAUGAAGAUCCUUUUCCAGAACUCAGGGCACGCAUGGGAGGACUUGGAAGCCAGAAUCAAAGCUGAGAAUGAGGUGCCCAUCCUGAAGACGUCCAACAAGGAGAUCAGCUCCAUUCUGAAGGAGUUGAGGCGUGUGCAGAAGCAGCUGGAAGUCAUCAACGCCAUCGUGGACCCUAGCGGGAGCCUGGACCUGCUGAUGGGAAACAGGAGCUUGGGGGGCUUGGCCUUGCCAGGGAGGGGCCGGGCAGCCACCCAGAGCCUGUCCUCCCCCUCUGCGGAGACAGUGCUGCCUGCCCGGCCGCUGAGGGGCUUCCCGCCGCGUGUGAACUACGGCUCCCCUGGCCUCCCGGACCCCGUCUUCUUGCCCGACUUCCUCCCUGACACCCAGGGGUUCCUGAUCUAGGCCAUCCUCCAUCCCGUGCGUCCUGUGCCCCUGUUCACCCCACCAUGCUGGCCAGCUCACCACCAAGACCCCCACAUGUGCCAUACCCCACUGCUGGCGUGGCCACAUCCAGGCCCCUGGCGGCCAGCCAGCACCCCCUGUUUCAGCUGAGGCCGUCUCUAGGCCUGUGUGCGUGUCCCCACCUCGUCUCAUCACUGUUGUUUUUGUCUUGCUGGAAAGGAGAGUUGUCUGGGCCAUGGCAGUGGCCCUUCUGGCCCAGCAAGCUGGGCUCUCAGUUGGACGGGCUGGCCUGCAGGAGCACAGUGGCCCUCACCUGUGGUGUCUGGGCCAGCUGGGGUGGGCAGAGGACAGGCCAGAUCGUUCAGUGCCAAACACAGAGCUGGGGUGGCUGGUUCACACCCCUAGGCUGUGGAGAAAGGAGGGUGGGGGCUGGGCAGGCACUGUGCAGACAGCUUUGCCCAAGAGCCUGGGGCUCCCACUGAGCCAGGGCCAGAGCUGUCCCCAGCCUAUCAGUGCUGGAGAGGGGAGUGGCUGUGGGGAUGUCUGGGCCCAGAACUCCACAGCGUUGAGUCUUUGGUGCCAACACUACUGCCAAACCCACAGAGCCUGUGGGCUGCCCUGGAGGCAGUGCAGGGGGUGGGCUUUGGGUGAACCACAGCCGAGCAGCCCAGAGCCAGCCCUGCACACAUACAAAUACGCAGACCCAUGAACCUGCACACAGGUGCACACACACGUCCACACAGGUGUGCACACACAGACACUUGCAAACAGGCGCCCAUGCAGACACACCUACACACAGGCACGCACACGCAGACACCCGUGCACACAAGAGCCUGACACCUGCUCUCCCGGCCCCAGUGAGAGCUGUGUGUGUUCCCUCAAGGGAUGCUGGUCUUUGCACUUGAAUUAUGGGGGCCAGCGAGUGGGCAUGCAGCCCCCGCAGUGGAGGUGAGCCCUGGACCAAAGUGGCUGGAAAUCUGGCUUCCAGAAGCUCCCAGUUGGGUGGCCCUAGACAGCUGCCAUCCCCUUUACCCCCCUGGGGUGCUGUGGGCAUUAACUGGGCAUUUGUGGGCUCCUGUGUUCUUGGGGGGUGGGGGCAGGGACAGGCCCCAGGAGCAGUUCUGUUUUCUCAGGAUUCUUUCAACUGGGAACGUGCCAGGUGAGCAGAGCUCGGCCCCUCUGCUCCACCACUUGGAGGCCUUGAAACUUCUGGAGUCUCUAAGCCAAAGAGCCGUUGGCAUGGCGGGUGGGGGUGGGGGUGUCCCCCCUUGACCAGGUGGUGUGGGCCUGUGCUAGCGGACAUGCUGCUGGGGGCGCUGGGCGCCGGCUGGCUCCGUGUUUACAUUUCGCUGGUGUGGAGUGGCCUGCCUAGGUCCUGCGCUCCUACCCCUCCUGUGUUCACCUGUGUGGGGUGGGUGGGCCGGGUUCCCCUGGGCCGCCCCGCGAGCUGUCCGUUUGGAGGAGGUGCCCGGCCACAGCUGCCCACAGCCUGACCCGAGAGCCGAGGGCCGUUUUCUUCGUCCGUGACGUCCUCUUCCUUCCGCCCCCGCUUGGCAAACGCUGUACUAUUUUUUAAUUCACAAGUUUAUAUCCCCCACCCCCGUGUUGCGUUCUUUCAUUCCCCCCCAGCCCACCCAGCCCGCCCAGCCCUGAAUUUGGGAUCUGUAAUUUAUUCGUCUGGCUUCUCGAAGGUGUCUGUACGUUCGUUCUCAGGUGGUCCUGUGGGUGUCUAAGAAAAGGAUUCUUUUAUAUGAUUUGUCAUGGAGUUUGUUCUAAUAAAUCAUUCUAUCACAUAAUGGCACACCAGCGUCUGUCACCUUGGCCUCGUUUCUCCCUCGGUAUUGUUUGCAGUGGGGGGCCCUCUGUCACCCCAGGAGGCUCGGCCCAGGUUGGGGGCAGCGAGAAGGGGAGACCUUGAAAAUCCGAUUGAACCCCAAGACCAGCGGAGGCUGCAAUUCAGAGGUGCUGCCACUAGGUGGCGCCCUAGUGAAGAAAAGCGAAGAGAAAUUUCCAGGUGUUUGUUCCUUAAAAACAGAAAGUGUAAUUGUAUUAAAACCAUCCAGUGUGGCAACAGCCAGGAGUCCUCUUUGAAGACGUGCCAGCCGCAGC